UCUCUGUCUUUCUCUCUCUCUCUCUGCCCCCCCUUUCCCUCCCUCUCUCUUGCUCUCUCUCUCUCUUCCCGUCUCUGUGGUUUGUAAGGUAGGUUGCAGUGUGUGUAUAUACACAACAUCAAGAGCAGGAAAAUGGACUCAUUAGGGAGGCAGGCAGUCAUUACCACUCACACUGUACUUCCAGGGAGACACCGAUUAUGAGAAGAGAAACUCAGCGCUGGGGAAGAAGGGUUUCUCUGUGGAACACUCCUGGCUAUUCUGGAACUUGCUUUGUAAACCAGACUGGCCCCAAACUCAAACUCACAGAGAUCCAUGUGCCUCUGUCUCUGAAGUAAUAGGAUUAAAGUUUUGUACUCGCUCCCUUCUUGUCUGCAUUCAUGUGGAAUGUGCCCAGUAAUCCCAAUCCCGGUCCUUCCUCUGCUCCUGUUUUCGCCUUCAUGGUCUUCCAUAAAGAUAAAUGAAUGAAGUAUUUGAAUGGUCCUUUGAGACACUGAAGGCUGAAGAGGUACUGCACUGAGGAUGGACAUUCCUAUUGCUUCUCUCAGAGUACCUGAUAAAUUACAAGUCUGUUUGUGCUAUAUAGCUGCACAGACUGCCUGAAGUUACAUUUCAAGACUGAAAUCACUGCACCUUAAAAACAAAAGCUUGAGCUGCACUGUGUUCCUCCGUGAAUGAGUCCCAGCUGUUCCACAUCCUGUAGCUCCUCGUUAUUGACUGUUUUAUCAUCAACAAUUGAAUAUUUCAUACAACAUCGCUGGUUGUUCCUUGACCACCAGUCUGUUGCCUGUCCCUGCUCUUUAUAUGCAGCCGCUCUCUGCUCCCUGCCCCAAUGAACAUCUGCACUAGGCCCAAGCCUUGGAGUGAUUUACCCGAAGAGUGACACCAUUUAUCUGGAAACUACUAUGAGGAAACUGAAGCCCAGAGAGGUGAAGUGAGGUGCCCAAAGCCACACAGCAAGUUGCAGGCACAGCUAGUUCCGUAGCUCAAGUCUCCUGACUCCCAGUCCAGUGCUCUUCCCAUUACUCCACGGGUCCUGUCUCUAAGCUUCCUGACAAAUGCUAGAACGGAAGAAACCCAAGACAGCUGAAAACCAGAAGGCAUCUGAGGAGAAUGAGAUUACUCAGCCGGGUGGAUCCAGCGCCAAGCCGGGCCUUCCCUGCCUGAACUUUGAAGCUGUUUUGUCUCCAGACCCAGCCCUCAUCCACUCAACACAUUCACUGACAAACUCUCACGCUCACACCGGGUCGUCUGAUUGUGACAUCAGUUGCAAGGGGAUGACCGAGCGCAUUCACAGCAUCAACCUUCACAACUUCAGCAAUUCCGUGCUCGAGACCCUCAACGAGCAGCGCAACCGUGGCCACUUCUGUGACGUGACGGUUCGCAUCCACGGGAGCAUGCUGCGCGCACACCGCUGCGUGCUGGCAGCUGGCAGCCCCUUCUUCCAAGACAAGCUGCUGCUGGGCUACAGUGACAUCGAAAUCCCGUCGGUGGUGUCUGUACAGUCGGUGCAAAAGCUCAUUGACUUUAUGUACAGCGGUGUGCUGCGAGUCUCACAGUCAGAAGCUCUGCAGAUCCUCACAGCCGCCAGCAUCCUGCAGAUCAAAACAGUCAUAGAUGAGUGCACACGCAUCGUGUCACAAAAUGUGGGCGAUGUGUUCCCGGGCAUCCAGGAUUCUGGCCAGGACACACCAAGAGGCACACCAGAGUCAGGCACAUCUGGCCAGAGCAGUGACACAGAAUCAGGCUACCUGCAGAGCCAUCCACAACACAGCGUGGACCGAAUCUACUCAGCGCUCUACGCCUGCUCCAUGCAGAAUGGCAGCGGCGAGCGCUCCUUCUACAGCGGUGCAGUGGUCAGCCACCACGAAACUGCGCUUGGCCUGCCCCGUGACCACCACAUGGAAGACCCCAGCUGGAUCACACGCAUCCAUGAACGCUCCCAGCAGAUGGAACGCUACCUGUCCACCACCCCCGAGACCACUCACUGCCGCAAGCAGCCCCGGCCCGUGCGCAUCCAGACCCUGGUGGGUAACAUCCACAUCAAGCAGGAGAUGGAGGACGACUAUGACUACUACGGGCAGCAGAGGGUGCAGAUCCUCGAGCGCAAUGAAUCCGAGGAGUGCACUGAAGACACUGACCAGGCGGAGGGCACAGAGAGCGAGCCCAAAGGCGAGAGCUUUGACUCUGGGGUCAGCUCCUCCAUUGGCACCGAACCUGACUCGGUGGAGCAACAGUUUGGGGCAGGAGCCACAAGGGACAGUCAAGCAGAACCCGCCCAGCCCGAGCAGGCAGCAGAAGCUCCACCUGAGGGCAGUGCCCAGCCAACCCAACUAGAAACAGGUGCCUCCUCUCCCGAGAGAAGCAACGAGAUAGAGAUGGACAACACAGUCAUCACUGUCAGCAGCAGCUCUGAUAAGGGUGUCCUACAACAGCCUUCAGUCAACACAACCAUUGGGCAACCAUUGCCAAGUACCCAGCUCUAUUUACGCCAGACAGAAACCCUCACCAGCAACCUGAGGAUGCCUCUGACCUUGACCAGCAACACACAGGUCAUUGGCACAGCUGGCAACACCUACCUGCCAGCCCUCUUCACUACCCAGCCCGCAGGCAGUGGCCCCAAGCCUUUUCUCUUCAGCCUGCCACAGCCCCUGACAGGCCAGCAGACCCAGUUUGUGACAGUGUCCCAGCCUGGCCUGUCCACCUUUACUGCACAGCUGCCAGCGCCACAGCCCCUGGCAUCAUCCGCAGGCCACAGCACAGCCAGUGGGCAAGGCGAAAAGAAGCCUUAUGAGUGCACUCUCUGCAACAAGACUUUCACAGCCAAACAGAACUACGUGAAGCACAUGUUCGUCCAUACAGGUGAGAAGCCCCACCAAUGCAGCAUCUGCUGGCGCUCCUUCUCCUUGAAGGAUUACCUUAUCAAGCACAUGGUGACACACACGGGAGUGAGAGCCUACCAGUGUAGCAUCUGCAACAAGCGCUUCACCCAGAAGAGUUCCCUCAACGUGCACAUGCGCCUGCACCGCGGGGAGAAGUCCUAUGAGUGCUACAUCUGCAAAAAGAAGUUCUCCCACAAGACCCUGCUGGAGCGACACGUGGCCCUGCACAGCGCCAGCAACGGGACCCCUCCCGCAGGCACGCCCCCGGGCGCCCGCGCAGGCCCACCAGGCGUGGUGGCCUGCACGGAGGGGACCACUUACGUCUGCUCCGUCUGCCCAGCGAAGUUUGACCAAAUAGAGCAGUUCAACGACCACAUGAGGAUGCAUGUGUCUGACGGAUAAGUAGUACCUUUCUCUCUUUCUUAUGAACCAAACAAAACAACAACAAAAGAAACAAACAGACAAAACGCUAUGGCACUAGAAUUUAAGAAAUGUUUUGGUUUCAUUUUUACUUUCUGUUUUUGUUUUUCUGUUCCGUUUCAUUUUGUACUACAUGAAGAACUGUUUUUUGCCUGCUGGUACAUUACAUUUCCGGAGGCUCGGGUGAAUAAUGCUUUUCCCAGUCUCCCUUGGAUGGUGGCCUUAAGGCCUGGUAGUGCUUUAGGAGGUCCACUGGUUGGAUCUCUAGCUACUGGCCUCUAAAUACAACCCUUCUUUACAAAAAACAAAACAAAACAAAAUAACAAAAAAAAAAACAAAAACAAAACAAAAAAGCAAAAAAACCACACACAAAAAAACAAAACAAAAAAUCUUUUAAAAAAGUUUAAAAAAAAGUUUAAAAAAAAAAGAGAAAAAAAUUGUUUUUCCACUCGUGAAGAGCACUACAAAAUCUAUUAUGAGAUGUAAAGGCCUGCUGUCGUUAAGUACACCGCUCACAGUGUUUCAGUGGACAUUUCACAAUUCUGGCCACUUGGACUUCACAGUAAGCAGUUAAAACUGUGGAAUAUCACUUCUGGUUGAAAACCCAGAGGAAAGCCCUGCUGUUUUCACCUACACGCUGUCUGAUUUCAUUAAAGGGCUCAAGGAUGGGAGGGGCCGAGAGAGCCCAGUGGUGUGAGGAGAAGGUGGUGUGGCAGACCUCUCCCCCAGUUCUGCCCAGCCCCCACACCCUGGCCCACCUCCUCCGCGUCCCCCGCCCCAUUUCAGCAGAAGCCAGGAAGACUUGGACAAGCAACAGUGGCUAUCGUAUUUAUUCAGUGUCUUCGCUGAGCCACAGCCUCAGCACAAUCAAGAGGGACUUUCAUGAAAGGCAGGAAUGCAGAGAAAACAAAGAUAACAGAUUUGAACCUAUGUUUCUAGGUACAAGAGAAGGAUUAUUUCCAACAAUCUUUGCAAAAAAAAAAAAAAAGUGUCAGGAUAUAUUCUUGUGGAAGAGAAGAAGAAAGAGAAAUGGAGGGUGGGGGGGACAGUAAAUGUUCUUGAGGCUUUUUUAAUUCAAAAUUUUAUAGAGGGGCAAAAGUGAUGUUUACCAGAUAGAAUGCUGAUUUUUUUAAUAUAUUUACAACAGUAUUUGUGUAAAAAAAAAAAACAAAAAAGUGAGAUUGUUAAAAGUAAUUUUUUUCUCAUUUUGGUUUUGCAUACACUGCCACCAAUCCCUUCUCUUUACUUUGUCUCUCUCACACACAUAUAUAUAUUUUUUGGUAAGUCAAGACUGUUAAGGUUAGCGAUACUGCUUCCAGAUAGAAAGAAUAAAAGGCAACUAAAGUUAUAUUUGAAAGAGAGGAAGGAUAUUUUCUUCAUAUUUUUUUCUUAAUUUUUAUUAUUUUAAGUAUUGCCUGGGUUGCUGAGGGUCUCCAAGGCCCACCCACCCCUGCUGUAAUUUCAACUGCUGCUCUGUUUUGAUACAUAGAUCUUUGGCUUCUAGCAAGCUUAAGUUGCUCCACUGAAUAUUUUUCCCCCAUCCAUCUAAAAUUCUGUCCUUUUUCAUGAGAGGGAAAAUCUUUUAGAAGGCGAUUUCUUACUUCUCCAAAAUUUUACUGCUCUUAGGAUUCUAGAAUUUCUGUUGACCUUGCUUUUUUCUUUGAUGAAACACUAGUAGUUAGAGAUCCUGACAAAGGGGGUCCUUCCGUUUAUCUUCAGCCAGGAGCAGGAAUCCACAAAACUCUACCAUGCCUCUUCUCCCCCCCC